AAGAAUUAGAAUUUAAAUCAGACGAGGAUCUUGAGAAAAAACUGACAAAAGUUCCUGAGUAUUAUAUUGUUUUAUCUACGAUGGCUGACCCUGAAAAGUCUGAUACCAGGAAAGGGUGCAAAGAGAAAACGUAUGACUUCCUCAAGAACUUCACGGAAAACACAAGUUUUCAUGGAGUUAGAUACACAUUUGAGGCCGGGACCUUCCUUGGGCGGACACUGUGGCUGUUAGUUGUGAUCGCAUUUGCCAUUUGGUUUACCUACCAAGUUGGGGAGAGAGCAGCGUACUACCAGAAAAACCCUGUCACUGUCGACAUGAAUGUAGCAUAUAACAAUUCACUCAGAUUCCCUAGUGUUGCCAUCUGCAACACCAACCAGUUCAGAAUGACCAAAGCACGGGAAGCCGGUAUUUACAGAAAGCUGCAAGAAUUCUACGGAGCUGACCUGAACGCGAGAAGGAACAUCACUUUAGCAGAUGACCUGAAUAUCACCCAGACUAUGCUGGACAUGGCACACAGGAAGGAGGACAUGAUCAAGAAAUGUGUGUGGAAAGGGCAUAACUGUAGCCACGUGAAUUUCACACAGAUGAUGACGGAUUUCGGGGUUUGUUUCGUGUUUAAUGAUCUCCAUGCCAACAAAUCCGUCAGAGAUCCAAAAGAUUUUGAAGUCCAAAAUACAGGGGCAUCAUUCGGGCUCGAGUUGUACCUUAACGCCGAGGUUUAUGAACUCUCGCCAGGCCCUCACUUAUCAUCGGGAAUCCAGGUGUUGAUAUUCAAUGGCCAUGACCAUCCUCGGGUGUCAGAUUUAGGCACGGCGGUGCCAGUGUUUGGAGCUUCUAGAGCUGCCUUGCAUAUCUCGAGCGUCACACGACUGCCUAAGCCUCACGGAGACUGCGCAUCUCAAUCCUUGAGGGACUACAAUGCCUACUCCUUCCAAGCGUGCCUGGCUGAGGUGAAGACCAACGCAACAGCUGAGAUAUGUGGUUGUAUCGAGUACGGACAGAGAUGGGUUGGACCCGACAAGCCACCGUAUUGUAACCUGUCGACCUUGUAUGGAUGUUGCAGUGACGUCAGCGCUCGUACAUUCGCCCACACCUGCACUCAUCCCUGUUACCAAGAUGAGUUUACGACUACAUUGUCCAACACCGACCUCUCUGCCACAAGUAUCUUCUCCAUAAUUGAUAUUCUCGAAUCAGACAAGACACUCCUGGAACGCUACAAGAAAGCUUUACUCCUCAGGCAGUUGGUGGAUAAAAGAACAGUUAAGAAUGACCUUAUCUUGCUUAGGAAACUUCAUCACACCCAUAACUAUUUACACGAGAGCGUCCAGAAACCGUUAAGAAGCAAUAUGUCCACUAUCGAUGUUGCUGUUAAGGCCGUACAGAGAGAACUCAGAAACUUGAACUUCCAUCUCCAAUUUUACAUCAAGCUGCUGACGAAGAACUACAACAUUGUUUUCAGGGUUCAAACCAUUGAGAACUAUCUCGAACCACAAUUGGUCAAGCUAGAAAUACGAACAUGGAAUUUGCAGAGGACCAUUCUACCAGCCAAGCUGAAAAUAGUGUUUUUCAAGAUGGAUGGCAAUUCUCGAAAGGCUGUCGCGAGCUUGCAGGGGCUACUGGCGAUAUAUUUUCAGGAAUCAAUCAAUUUAAUAUAUUCAGUUGACAAGAUGUACAACACAGAAGUUAGGGGAUUAUUGGCAGCUGGCGGUAGCAUUGUCGAUGGCCUUCCUGUCCCAAGGGGAAUCAUCCGUCAAAAGAACCGAGAGAUAUUUUUUGCCCUUUUUGAAUUUUCCACCAGAGGAAUUGAUUUACGAAAGAAGAUGUCUGCCUUUCAGACUCUGGCCAGAACGCUGACAACGGUGAGUAAAUCUGAGGAACAGGACUUGUACAGCAAGUUGGAAAAACAGACCAAUGACAUAAGGAGGUCGCUGACCAACUUUCGGACGGCUGUUACUGGACUUAGGGACGCGAUGAACACAGUCAGUGUCGCGCUGGCAGGUUCAAUUUCCACACUGAAAGCGAGAGACGAAAAGCUUGCAUAUUUCCUUCACGAAGUUGGCACCAACAUUGCUAAUUACGAAAGGGCGAUGAAAGCCUACAGCGUUGAUUCCGUUGAGAAGUUCUUCACGGAUGUUGAGAAAAGAGCGUUUGACCUAAUCCCGAUCUGGCAGACGAUUACGAAGGAAAGGCUCAUCGAACUGGUCACCCCAGCUUCGAAGUUUCGAUAUAAGAUCACCAGCUAUGUUCGUGGGAGUGUCGUCUUGAUUGACAUCCUGCGUAAGAUCGAUGGCACGAAGUCGGAUUUGAAGAGCAUCCAGCAGACUUAUGAUGCUGUGAUUGCUGUUCGGACGGAUGUACCUGUAUUAGCUAAAAUGAUAGACACCCAAGGAAAAACUUUGCUACCACGGCUGCGAUCACUGGACAAGACCAUUGGCGCCCUCUAUUAUCUGAUCCCAAAAGUACAAAAGGCAACUGAUGAUUUCCUUCAAGAGCUUGAUACGUUUCUCAAUGAUUUGGUGAAGUUUAAUAAAACUCUCACGAUCGACCAUACCAUGGUACGGCAAAAUAUUCUAGCCCUUCAAGUGUUUUACCAGAGUCUUAGCCUAACCGAAGUUAUCAAGUCACCGGCUUACACCUGGUUUUCAUUGUUAUGUGAUAUUGGUGGUACAGCUGGCCUGUUCCUUGGCGGCUCAUUCCUCACUAUACUGGAGAUAUUUUACUUCAUCGGAAGAAACAUCAAGACGAAUCAUGCAGCGGCCAACACCAAAGCGAAUAGAAUCUUGAGUACAAUGUCUGCCAUGGACACUGAACAGCCAUACAGCACUGGUUACAGCGAAGAAGAAAAGGGAAGAAGAUAUUCUGCUAUCUUCUCCAUCACUUCCAAAGUGUCUGGCUACACGGAUUUGGAGAAGACAUCUCACGCUUAGCUGAAAUGCACUUUUUAACUAACAUCUCCAGGAUGUUGUUACUUACAAUAAUGUAUAAAAAUAUUACAAGUUCGUGAAAACUUGGGCAGUGCUUUUAAAGGAAUGAAAGAGGAGUUUGGGAAUUUCUGAAGUUACAUAAAUGUCGUCUGCAUCGAUUUUGGUCAAUUAUAAACUAAUCAAAUUUGCUUAUUUUCACGUAAUGUACAUUAUACCCGCACUAUUUGUUAGUGUUUUUUCAUAUAGUUAUCACCAGCAUUGGUAAGAACUUCACUAACAAAUGACAGGCUAUUGUAAAUGUUUGAAACCACGUCACGGCAUUGCAGCACCACAUUUGUUGUUUAAUGUUAGAUAUCAGAACUAGCAAGCAUUAUUCCGGCGUCAUGUUGUUAAGUUCCCGUUAUUGUUUUUGAUACGUUCCACCCUACCCUACAGGCCCCCUAGUUUGUGUGUUAAGAAAUACAUUGCACCACCACAGAGUAAAGUGUACUACAUUCGUCCCUAUUGUAUUGUGGUUUGUACUUAGUGUUUUCCUUUACCAGAAAACAAAGAUCAUUCACCAUUUACGCAUUCGACUUUCCAGCCUAGGUCGAAAAUAUCAAGAUUAUACUGUAAUUUAAUCCUGUCUGCUUGUACAUUAUUUAUAAGAUCCCCGAAAGAUUCUUGGUUCUCAGAUCUUAGCUAGGAAUGGUAUAAGAAUCUUUUCGGUACUUUCGACAUUCAAAGGCCCACCUUACCUGACACAGGCCAGCCUGCCUAUUUCAAAGACAUUUCCUUUUUGUAAUAUUUGAAGUAUCCCGGGGAGGUCACCUGUUAGUUUUGUUCAACAGGUGCAGCAAUCAAGAAGCACAGUCGUCUUCAAAUAAAAUGACAAGGUGAAUUGAUAUGUACAACAUAGGUAUAGCUUUAUUUCAUUUCAAUUUAUUAAGUUCCUCAUAUAUUAUAUGUAUAAUCGCUUGAGUCUUAAACUAUAAAUAAAUGCAAUCAGCAACUGUCAUGCCAGUGUUAUGGUUCUUCAAUCAAGUUGUUUUGUCCUAUCUGUUGUGAACAGUCUUCCAGCAGGCACGAUGGCCUUACUUGCUAGCGUCAGGCAGGGAAUUAAGGAGCUGCAUGCUUGGUACCUAAAUAGUCCGAAUAUUUUUUCACUUGUUUUUUUUCUGCUCAAAAUGAAAAAACAUCAUCAGCCCCAAAGCUUUUUUUGCUUUGAAAUUUUUUCAGAAUCAGAAGGAUGAAAAAAUGUCGGAGUCCAAAUAUUUUUUUCAUUUUGUUUUUUUUCUUCUCAAAAUGAAGAAACAUCAUCAUCAGCCCCCCAAAAAAUUUGGCUUCGAAAAAUUUUCAGAAUUUUGAACUUGUGAAAAAAAAAUAGUUAGAUACAUGCAAAUCGAUUGAUCAGUCGAAGUCCUCACUUUUAUUGACGAUUAUAUGUUAAUGGUUUUUCAAAGUGAUAAACGUGUCUGGCGAGACAAUUAAUCGUAAAAUUCAAUUUAGGUCACGAAAAAUAAAUCGAUAAUUGUCACUCUUUUGCACUCGUCAGUGUGUAAUAUGAGUGUAAAAACAUAACUCUGGGUUGCGCAAUUUAAGACAAAGAGUCGUCCUUGGCACAUACGGUAUAUAUUUGGAUCGGUUUAAAUCUGAAACUGGUCUUACAAAUUACCGCCACCCAAAGAGAACGACAUGGAAUCAGUUUGAGAUACGUGGGGCGUCACAAGCGUUGCUGAACAUGUGGCGUUCUACUGUUGACAAC